UUGACACCGUGUAAGACGCACUGGUACCGCAACGAGGAUUAAUGAAAGACCUUCUACUUUCUGUGAGGAGGAGAGAGAGCGAGCCGAGCGGCAUGCAAAAGAAGAUGCCUUGCAGGGGGAAGGGAAGUCUUUGACACAGCAUGCAUAUGCUGCCAGGCUGCACAGGUGUAAUAGGUGCGUCUGCAUGUAUACACAGCCUCAUCAGCAAAGCUCGACGGAGGGAUGCCGACAAGUUUGACUCACGCACUGUAACUCAACCUUCACAUCCCCUUUCUCUCUCACAAACACAGUCCGUUCGUAUCUAGACAUAGGAUAUACACACACACCUUCUGCACGUACCCACGCUAAAACCAAGCAAAUCGGCAGAUCCGUUCAGUAUUCAGUCCUGUGGAUGGUUAAAACUGGAUUCCCCCUUUUCUUCUCGGAGGACUCAUCCCGAGAACAGGACAGGACGAAGCAGGACGGAUCUCAGUUUCCAACUUAAAGACCUCUUCAUCCUCAUCUGAGAACCGAAUAGAGAGCUACCCGUCCGUCCUGAGUGAAACCCUCUAAAGGUGGACAGGGUACAUUAGAAAUACAUGUUCCAAAGGAGCGCUGCUGUGGCAAGCAGCGAACCCACAACCAUAAAUCAACACUGUUGGACUUUGAUUUUUUCAGUAUUACUUCGCAGAGACACAGACAUGUUGGCAGGCCUGCUGACCUGCGAAUGUGCAACAUAGGAUUCUAUUUCUGGAGCCUCAUUGCUUUUACAGAUUAACUGCCCUCAAAUAUGGCCCCAAUCCAUUCAUUCCACCACUAGUUUGACUGCUGCCGAAGGUUCUGCAUAUUCAAGCUUCAAAAGAACCCACUGUGCGUCAGUCGAGUCAUUUGAAGACCCACUGGCCCGUUUUUCAAAAGCAGUGUCAGUUUUUUCAGACUCCUGCAGAGGAACAAACACAUGGCUGUAUGACAGGACAUCUUUAAAGUCAUUUUUGUUAUUUUCCUCACAAUCAUUUCCCAAAUCACAAGUCAUUGCCCAUUUCAAAUCUAGAAAAACUGAAGGGAAAGAUUGACGUCCAAAGCUUUGACGCUAAUACCAUGACACUGUGCUUCCAUUAAGACUUUUAUUGCAAGAGACAUUUUCCAUGAGCUCCUGAGGGCAAAUCACACUGAAAUCCCAUUGCCCAGUGUUUUCAUUAGCCUGUCUUCGGCGAAUCAAGGUCUUCCAUCAUCAGAAGUGACAUUUCCAUAUUGAAUGAGAGAGAAAGUAGCUUCCAUUAGCAUAUUCAUGAACAGUGACACUCUCAAUCAUGUGAAAAGGAAGACAUGGUGCAAACCCUGAGCCAUCAAGCCCUGGAACAAAUAGUUUAUGACAUGUGAGGAAAGAAGGAUCUGGAAUCCCCCUUAACAACCUUAGCACAACCCUUAGCACAAAGGAGAAAGUGACCACUGGCACAUUAAGGAUAUUUCAGCCAUAAACCUGAAAUGUGUUGUUGGCCUAUGGACCAAGGCCUAUAAUAAGAGAAAAAUUAAAGAAUAGGAUUAAAGAUGGAUUAUCACUGAAACCCACUGGACACUCUUUAGGGAGACACUUCAGACCAAGUUGUAGAUUACAUUUGGUUGUUAAUGUGGUGGCCUCUUGUGUGGUUGGUGUUAAAAGAGAGGGAUGGAGAAUCUAGAUGAGCUGGAGCACCCUCUUCUGGAAGAAAACCCCAAUAACAGCCGGGCAUCAGGACCGGGGCUGGGGCCGGGGACUGGACAGGCCUCCAGCGGGCUGUUCAAGAGCAUCUUGGUUAAGUGUGAGGAGGACAGGGCCUACCCUCCUUUAGCGUGGAGGAGCUAUUGUGGACAUCCACCUGAGCUUCAGCAGCAACAGCUACUAGACCCUUGCUCCUUACCUCGCACACUGGAGUCCUUUUACCCACCAGCCCCCAUCUGGGGCCAUGCAGACUCCCUGCUCAGCAAAGACUACCUAGAGACCACCUUUGUGGACAUUCGGCCCGGCUCCACACUGGAAAGGAAGCUGCUGGCCGAGACGCAGGACUACCACAGUGUGUCCUACAGCAUGGAUGAUGAGGAUGACCUGCUUCCUGACUCUGACGACUCAUCCAUUGAUGACUUCAGUGAUACAGACAGCGAGAGCAACUUCCCUCUGAUGAUCCCUCAGGACUACCUGGGUCUGGCCUUUUUCUCCAUGCUCUGCUGCUUCUGGCCCCUGGGCAUUGCUGCCUUCUACCUUUCACAGAAGACCAACAAGGCAUCGGCUCAGGGGGAUUUUCAGGGGGCCAAUGCAGCGUCUCGCCAGGCCCUGUGGCUCUCGGUGCUCUCCAUUGUGUUUGGAAUCAUAACGUACAUCUGUGCCAUCGCUGCGUUGAUUUCCUACCUGUCUGGCAAACCACCAUAAAAGCAACUUUUGCACAAGGAUACACACACAAAAUAACAUACCUCUCACACAUUUCAUGAAUAUCAACAUGUCGCCUGUAAAUGUAAAAUAAUCACAGUCUUUGUCUGUCGACCCUAUUUGCAGUUAUGUUUUAAAAGCAGAGAACAGACAGUGAAAACAACAGGAGAGCUGGUGUGUAUUUUAUAAUCACUUCUAAUUGGAUUGGGACAUAAUUUAACUCAGAGGGCAUUCCUCGCACGUGAAGAAAAAUAAUUGAAAAAGAAGUUAUACAAUAUCACUCCAUGUAGAAUAUUCAGUCUGUCAGGACUGAACUUAUCUGUCAUCCUUUAAAUCUGUGCUGUAGUCGUCCUCACGUGUUAAGCAUUGCUGAAGUAAAACAAAAAAGUGUGACAACAAAUGCAGAUGUUAUCACUGUAGAUAUCACUGUCACAAUAACAAUGGAAGAAUAAUGAGAAGCAGAAAGAGAAGAGAGGGGAUAUGUGGCCUUGUCUGCCUGGGAGGAGCCAAGCGGAGGGCAGUAUACGGCGGUGGAGUCUGCAGAUUUAUGAGAAGGUCACAGCAAGGACGUGGCACUGGCUAAAUCCUGAUGGACCUUGCUGUGGGAGGGCCUGAGCCAGCACUGUCGCUUGUGGGGGGAAAGCUGGUGAUGGU